AUGAACAAGAACGACUGGUAUCGGCAACAGCCAAAUGGGUAUCAUCAAGAAUAUUCCUCACCGCAGGUGCCUGCGGGCAGGGUGACCGCGGAUUCGGUGCAAGAUGCACACGCGCUACUGGCCGUAUACCCCUUCGCUUCGGCAACGCCUGCUACACACGUUGCUAGGCAUCUGAGUAACCUCUCCAUAUCUGCCGCACCGCCUUCGUAUAUCCAGCAGCACGCAUACGGCGGACAGGCGUCCUCUUCACACUCCCCGCAUUUUCCCGUAUCUUCGGAGUAUGCUGCAGAACUCAACCACAUGGCGUCACCGUCUAUCCCUGCAUAUGACGGAGGUUAUUGGGAGGCCACGAGGAACGACGCUGUCAAGUAUUUAGGGGAGCAAGGCUUCGCAUACUCUUACUAUAACUCAUCAAGUCCAUGGGAUCAGUCAUUCUCUCACCCAUCGAGUUAUCAAAGCAUCCCCUUCGCGCAUUCCGUCUUCCAACACUCCGCCCCGUCCACUGCAUAUCCGACCCCUCCGCCCCCGGGCAUCAGUACAUCAUCUUCCUCUCUUGCGCAUGCACUAGAGGAGCCUAUACCAAAACGCGCAAAGACCAUAUACAAGCCCGAGGAGUCAAAGCAGUUCUUCAACGACUUCAUUGCGAAGAGUAGCGCAGACGCUGCCUCUCAGUCUCUGCUGAAACGGAGCCAUCCGACGACUCCCCAUCGUCCAAGGCAAGUGCUGAGGGAGGAGGAAAGCCCCGACCCUCUCGCUAUUGGUUUCUCUAGCCCGCAUACACCCACAAGUAUGCAGACGCCACGCAAGCGAAAGACCAUACCCUGCGUGGAACUGCCAUCCCUGAAGCGUCUACAGCUCGAUCAAGUCAGCAAAACCAGCUCGAAGUCGUCGGCUAAAUCAUCAACGAAACUCGCUCGUACGCCGACGGUGUCAACCGGAAAUGUCCUAGGCACGCCCACGGCGAAACGGUUGCUGCCCUAUGUGGAAGUACCCUGCUUGCCCCAAGAGUACCUCACUCCGACAUCGCGUAAGCGGACUCGCUCGCCGUCUCGCACGCCUGUAUUGAACGGCAAGGGGAAGGGGAAAGCCAGGGACAUGGAUUAUGAUGGCGAUUUGGGAGGAUUUGGGUCGAGUGAUGACGACGGCCCUAGGAACGGUCACCGACCUAUCCCCAACGGCAGCGUCCACUCAUCCAGCAAGCGGGCCACCGGCGAGAGGGAUGACCGAGCUCCAAUCGAGAAGUUCACGACAUUGCUGGAAGACAUAUUCGAGGCAGAAGAUUCCUUGCCACCGGAUGCUGACGUGCGCGACUUGCCAUCGGAGUUCUUCUCGCCGCACACUGUCGAGAGUGCAUAUCCUCUUCUCCACCCCAACCUUAUUCGGAAGCUAUCCACCCAUAUAGGCAAGGUCGCACGCCCGAGCAAGCGUAUGCGCCUCUCCUCCCGCGAGGGUAAUGCGCAUAGUGAGACUCCCCGUCGGAAAGGGAGGAUGGCGGAGGUUGACGCAGCAGUGUUGUCGAGAACUCUCAAGAUCCUUGAGCGAAGCGUCAAAGCUGGCGAGGACCUCGAGCCAUUUGGCGCUGCUGCACCCAUUGUCCCGAAGAAACCACCGAGCAGCCCAAGGAAGAAGUCCACCAAGAAGGGACAGACCGGUGAGGACAGGCGCUCGAAAACUCCUAAGUCCCUCAACGAUGAGCCUGGCUCUGGAGAUGAAGGCCUCUCUGUCGGUGUCGAUGACGACUCGGCUUCGCAGGCUGUGACAGAGACGGACCUAGAGAAGUUGUCCAAUACCCUGGAUGUGGCGAGAGAUAGCCUUUUGGCGGCAGAUUGUUGCAUCGGACUACUCAGUAGUGAUCGACUUACGAAACAGUUGUACUCGGAAGAGCUGAUCACAACGUGCCUCAGCACUGUCAAAAAUCAGCUAGCAAAGAUUGUCUAUCCCUUCGUGGAGGCAUCUACUGAUAGUAAUCAUCAGCCACCCCUGCUGCGACACGUCGUACAGCCAUCUUCCCGCGAUGGCAGUCAUCGACGCCAAUUGGCAGAGAUAUUCCAGGCUAUUUCUUCAGUCGUCCCUCGCAUUAACGACCUAGUAUCUGCUGAGACGAUGGCCAUGUCCGAAUCCAUCAUCAUACAGGCCGUCUACAUUGCCAUAGGGCCGUUCUUUGUGACGGAGGGCAGUGAAAGCGAAGGUAAGGGUAAGAAGGACCUUGCUGUGUUACACACAUUGGGCAAUAGCGCCAUGAGAGGUCUAAGGCUGGAUGCGCUAGCAUUGAUGCGAAGUAUCUUCGCCAACCAUGAAGAACAACGCAGCUGGAUCAUUGAAGAAAUCCUCUCAUCUCUCAUCAAGCUUUCAGACACCAAGCAGAAGGCCGGCCAAUUUCGAUUGCGCGAUGGUCGCUCUAUUCGUACUGUGUCCGCCUUGCUCCUACAGCUCGUACAGACGUCUGCACACGACGUGCGUGUGGAAGCCCGCGCCCUCCAGAGUGCGCGCGAGCAAGUGCUCGCCAUGCGUCGACAAGAGUCAUCGGGUGAUCUGCGCCAAGGCCCCUUCCUUGAUGAGAAGGACAUGGAGGAAAUCCGCCUGUACACGUCUGGUCUGGACUCUGCAACCAAAGCAGCUAAGACAAUCAUUGCCUUCCUAACCCAGCGGUCGGGGAAGAGCAAGGUUACUAAGAACUCGAAUGAAGCUGAAUACAGGACUAUAUUUGACAAUCUCAUCUCCGACCUGUUGGCAGUGCUCUUUUGGCCUGAGUGGCCAGCGGCUAGUCUUCUCCUGAGCAUCAUUUGCAAGUUCAUGGUAUCUUCCUUAGAUGACGUGAAGACGACGAACCAAAAUGAUAACAAUGCCAUCAAGACUAUUGCUCUCGAUCACCUAGGGGUCAUAGCAGCUCACUUGCGGUCGACGCUGCUCAAGUUCCGCGACGAGAAAGCCCUCAAACCUUUGGACGAGGUACUGCUUUUCAGUCUGCGUCUCGCGCUGAAAACUAAUUCCCGUUCUCAGAUCUUGUCAUCUGUUAACACGAAGCAAUUGCAACGGUUGGCUUGUGCUCACCAGGAUCUUGGUUCACACCUCACUAAGCGCGCAUCAGAGGACCAAGCAUAUGAUAGUGCGCGUGAAUUGACGGCUGUUUUGUGGGGACAAGAGCUAGCAUUCACCCUGCAACAAUGUAGUGCCAUGAUCACGGAUACAGGCGAAGAUCUCGAUCCCCUGGUUGAUCGAAGCAAAAUCCUUGCGUUCGGUUACAAGGUCAAGGAGGCUCUUCGACGGAUCUGGGAUGGCUCCACCAAUGAUGUGUUCGACGUCGGAGGUACACAUGACGAGGUGGCUCACACCCACCGCUUAUCUGAAGAGAUUGGGACCAUUCAGACUUUCAAGAAUUCCUUCACACCGAUUCUGAAUGUAGUCUUGCAAGCUUUAGAUGCUCCUCCUGUGUUCAUGCGUACAAAGGCGCUCAAAGCAUUGGGGCAGAUUGUUACUAGCGAUCCUAGCAUUCUCUCUACGCCAAAUGUGAGGAGGGCAAUCGAAAGCCAUCUGCUAGACAGUUCUUCUGCUGUCCGUGACGCAGCGGUCGAAUUGAUCGGCAAGUACAUGAUCGACUCGCCAGAGUUUGCUGCCGACUACUUCUCGAAGAUCGCGGAUCGUAUAGCGGACACUGGUCUUGGUGUCCGGAAGCGUGUCAUCAAGCUGCUGAAGUCGUAUUAUCUCGUGUCGGAUGACAGGGGUCGUCGUAUCGAGAUAUGCACCCGCAUUGUCCUGCGCAUGCUCGACGAAGAUGAUACUGUGAAAGACCUGGCCAUCAAAACAAUGGAGGAACUCUGGUUCCAGGGACCAGGGUUCACACAGAGAGGAAAGAGCCUCGCUGUCGCUGACGACAAGUCACAGCUACUUUCGAAGGUAUCUGUCAUCAUGGGUGUCUCUAGUCACUUCAAAGAUCGACAUUCGCCACUGGAGGACCUGCUUCAUCAGAUGAUGGUCGACAAAGGGGGUGCUGAAAUGACAUCUUUGCACACUCGGUAUUCAGAGAUCUGUGAGGCUUUGAUUGAUGGCUUAGUUGAUGCCUCCGAUCUCCCUGGCUUUACAGUUGUCAACUGUGUGCGGACAAUUCAUCUAUUCGCCUCAGCUUAUCCAGCUGUGCUUUCCGGUGCCAAUGCUUCGACCCUUCUUCCGUACCUCAAAAACGCAGCCACACCCGAGGAACAGUCCACCUCUGACUACCUGCUCCGUAUUUUCCGGGCGUCGAUCCCACACAUGCCGAAGACAGCUGCGAAAUUUGGCCAAGAAUUGCAGCUAGCUUUACAGCCGAUGAUCAUCAAACCAUCUGCCUCAGCUGGACUGCUGGGCCUGCAGGAAACCGUUGCAUGCAUGUGUGCAAUUGUGCUUCACAUAACUCACGACUUCGGCCGGCUGGUGGCGCUGUUGAAAUCAUGCAAUGCGCGUUUGCAACAGGCGAUCAGGAGACCGCCCUCACAAGUCAUGACAACAUCUGAGCAACGGGCGCUCUCGAUCCUCCUGUUCAUUGUCUCAUUGCUGUGCGAACACUGUCCGUUCGAUCAAAUACGAGCUGAGAAUGAACAGCUGCGACACGAGAUCGAGAGUGUUACUAAGGGCUCGGUGAUCGAACAUGUCUAUCAGAGUCUUCUAGAGCUCUAUGACAAAUAUCGAGAUGUGGGUCUUAGGGGCCGCAUACUGCAAUGCAUGGGAUUCCUGUUCCGUGCGCAGCCUGCCCUCAUGACGGUCGACGCAUCGGCGAGCAUCAUGGACGCUAUAUUUGCUUCUCCGGAUGAGGAUGCACGAGGUCGCCUCCUGAGGAUCGUGCAAGACUUCCUUGUCUCUGAAGCAUCUAAGCAUGCAGAGAAAGAGAAAGCCAAUUCGAGGUCCAAGUCUUCAAGUGGCAAGGAGGUCAAUAUGGAGGAGCUAGUCGGUAAUACUGACGGGUUCGCCGACUCAGGAGUCAGUUCUGCUGUAGUCCAGCGAUAUCUAGUACCCAUCCUAGAAGCAGCGCUCUCGCAUAACGCUCAGAUACAAACCGCUGCCGUUGAUAUUCUCAGCUUCACCAUCAAGCAGGGACUUGCACACCCGCUUCAGUCGUUCCCCGUUAUUGUUGCGCUGGAAACCAGCCCGAACACUUCUUUUAGUGCACGGGCUAGUGCAUUGCAUACAAUCUUGCAUAGCAAGCAUACAUCACUUCUCAAUGCUCGCUACGUGGUGAGUGCGAGGGCAUCGUUUGAUUAUCAGAAGAAACUGGCACCGGGGCAAGUAUAUGGAUAUCGAAUGACUUCAGGGCCUACUGCGCUCCUACAUAGAUGGUAUUCCCUCGUGCGGGAGAAACGGGCGACCAGGCAAGAUUUCCUCAAGGCACUAGUCAAGGUAUUCGACAUUGAGCUGCAAGCUAAAUCAUCCCAGGACGACGUAGAGUUCGUGCGAUAUAUGGCAGAAAACUUCGCUGCGUUUGAGUACAAGACGCAGGAGGAGGUCCUCACAGUGCUCAAAUAUCUGACCGGCGUCCUCUCGACGACCGGCAUGCAGCUGGUGGAAAACCUUUCCCCGUCUCAUCUACUCUCACAGCUUCACGCGCCAAUGCAACCUAGACUCCCUCUAAUGCGGACGUCGAUCAUUGUUGCGAUGAUCAUGUUGCUGAAGGCGUACCUAAAGAUGUUGUACGGCAUCUCUGAAGAUAAAUGUGCCAAGUGGGUAGUGGGGAAGAAGAGUGCCAUAGGUGACAGGCCCGCUGCGCGGCGCCAUGAGCGACCGCUACUUUGGGAACGAUUAUCGUUCGCCACAGCGCCGUUGCUGACCAACGAGGAUUGCGACGUGCAGCGCACGAAGUUCCUCGAGAUCUGGAACGAGGAUGGACUGACAGCCGAACCCGAAGACGAUUUCGCAUGA